AUGGCGACGUGGACUGCGCGCGGUCGCCUCAGUUGCUUCAUCCUGAAGAGCGACUUUGGUCCGAUCGUCCAUCGUGUUGCGACCGUCCUCGCCAGCCACGGCAGCCACGGCCGUCUGCCAUUCCACCGAAUCCUCGCCGAGUCCGAGCUCAAAAAGUCAGAGGUCAUCGGAGUGCUGUCCAUUCUGCUGCAGCACGGGCUCAUCCGGCGCGAUCCAGACAGCCGCGAGCAGCCGCCGUCCAACGCCCACCGCGUGCAGUCGUCGAGCGCAUCGUCAAGCCGUCAAGGCGGGGGUAAAGCGCGCGCAGGCGGCGACGGCGACGACAACGAGCCCACUGAUGCGUACUCGGAGCACACGCGCGGGCGCAACGACGAGGCUGCCGCAAAGGAGGCCUACCAGGUUGCCAAGCACGGCAUCAAGGAAGGCCCUGCGCAGCCCAGCGACGUGCGAGGCGCCAUCACAAUGUACCAGCUCGACGACUAUGCCAUCUUGCGUCGUGCACGCUUCCCGCGGUACUUGCACGAGAUUGAGACGUCUUACGGACGCGACGCGCUUGGCCGAGCGACAUACCGCACGAUUGCUCGGGCUGCUUUUGAUGCACUGACCAAGCUCCCCGACGCAAACGAGGAACGCUUGCCCGCAGCCGUGUACCAGGCCUUCCAACAGCUCGCACAUCGAAGGUUUAUUCGUCAAAUAUUCGAAGAAGAGCAUCUGCUGGCAGCCAAAAAUCGCAUGGACGUUGACAUUGCAAGCACGAGCGGGGCUGCCUCUCGAGGGAAGCGCGCCCACGAGAAUGACGACGACGACGAAGAUUUUGGCCACAGUACUAAGCGCAUCUUGCUUGGCGAGGGCUAUGGCGCAAAUGCCAACGAGAUCUUCUGGGUACUAAACACAGACCGCUUCCAUGUCCGACUGCGCAACCGUGCCAUUGAGCGGUUUACCGAACAUCGAUACGGUCGCGAUUUUGCCGAUGUGGUGGCUUGCGUGCUCGGCCACGCCGAAAGCGCCCAAUCUCUUCACGAUCACACCCCAAUGCCAAGCAUCGACUAUCGUGACUUGCAGCAGACUGUCGCGCGCCAAGGAAUCAACCACGAAAAACUCAAGCGCAUCAUCAAUAUUCUACGGCACGGUGAUGACGAUCGCGCGACUCCUUUUCUGCUGAGCGUACCAGACAUGUCAACAAUUUCCAUCAAUCUUGCUGUUGCCAUCUCGGUCAUGACGGUCUACGAACUCGAGCACAUUGUUCUGGAACGACUCGGCGAAGUUCCGGCCAAACUCUUCCGCAUCCUCCUCGCGAAAGGGCACAUGGAGCUCAAGCCCCUGACCGAAACAGCCCUUGAGCACCAGAAGGUCAUGAAGGAAAAGAUGAACGAGCUGCUGACGAGUAACUUUGUCGUGCUCCAAGAAGUCCCAAGGGGUGGGUCGGAGCGGGCGCCGUCGCGGACGUACUUUUUGUGGCGCGUCGACCUCGAGCGCUGUCGCGUGAUGAUUACUCGCGAUCUCCUUCGCAUGAUGGGCAACCUGCGCUCGCGACAGCUUUUCGAAAUGUCCCGCUCUGGCGGAUCGAGUACUGCGUUUGAAUCCACCGACAGCGGCGAGCGCCGCUUGGACGACAUGCUCUUGCUGUUUGAAAAGUACGAUCCUGUUGUCUUUUCGGCACCGCCGCCCCCGCCCAAAGACAAGAAGGUGCGCCGAAAGUGA